GUACACAUAUCCAAUGCUCCCACUUCAACCCCUCCAAAAAAUCCAUUUCCUAUUUAUCCUCUUCUUACUUCGUCUCCUACUCCACCUCGAACUCCUCCUUCUUCUCCUGUGACUUUAUUUCCAACGUCAUCUUCACUGCUCUUAUCAACCUCCUCUCCUACUUUGGGCUCCAGUCCAACAGGUACUCUCUCUUCUCUGCAUCAUGUUCCCUCCUUCUCCCAGCUAGCCCUUCUCACCUCCAUUGAUACCACCCUCACUACCACCCUCACUAUCUCUCUCGAUACCUCCAUCUCGAUUUCCUCCACUUCCUCUCCCACUUCUUACCCCAUUUCCCCUGCAUCUCCACCUCCACCUUUCCCCUCUCAUCCGCCUCCUACUUUCUGUUCCUCUUCCUCUUCAUUGACUCCUACCUCUCUCCCCAAACCAACUUUCCGCUGCUCCAAUUAUUCCCUCAGCAUCCACCGCACCAAUCACCAUUCCCAUAAUCAGAUUCUUCCAAUUUCUACUAAAAUCCGCCUUCCACAUUCUACCGAAUUGCCACCACGUCCACCUUCACCACCAACUCCUCUUCCAGCUCCAAUGUGCCACUCCAUUCUUCUUUACAAAACAAACAAUCAUUCCACUUACGCACACUACCACAACUCGCCUACCCCUCCUCCUCCCACACCUUCCUCCUCUGCCUCCUCUCACUCCUCUCCCCCACCUCCAACAUCACCUAACACACAGCACUCCUCAAUUCCCACGAGACAGCAUCCACACUCGCCUCCUACUCCGCCCCCUCAUCCCCCUCAUUCUCACUUAUCGCCUCCAUCAUUCACCCACUUCCUCCUUCCCCAUCCCCGAGGAAAGACACCUAUCCAUUCGAGGGAAGAGCAACUUGACUGUCCAAACGACACCAAGAGCAUCCCCACCGACAGUACCUGCACGACCGAUGGAAAACGUUUGGUGUGUGAAGUGCGUGAUGGCAAAUUCACUGCAUCAUCUAAUCUCAUUGACCACAAGAAACACAAGAUUGCCCUUCCAUCUCCUCCACCACCUCCACAUACGCCUCCACCUUCCUCUCCUCUACCUCCUCCUACUCUUCCUCUUGCCUCUGCUACCACCACCACCAUCACCACCGACAUUUGUAGCCCGCAAACAUCGAGGUCUAAUCUCGAAUUGCCACAUCCUACAACAUAUCUAUUUGUCCCAUUUCAUGUCACAUUCACCUCAAAUGGCGUGGCUUUCAUGCCUCCACCUCUCUCCGCCUCCGCUCCAAUCAAGUCCUCCUUUUGCCCAUCCCUUAGCAUAGGCCUCUCACGCCACAUCCCCUCCUCUAUACACUUCGCCCCCAACUCUCCUACUCCUCCCCCUCUUCCUCCUUCUCCACCAUCAACUUCGCCUCUACCUCCACCUCCCUUUUCAUCUCCACCUACACACCAUCUUCCUCUUACUGAUGCUCAUGUGAAUGUUGAGGCUGGUUCUGCAAUGAGACACACAAGUCUCCGAUCAGCCACUCCCUGUAUCACACGCGCAACAUCCACGCUCAAUUCCCCCACCAUCACCAUCACCAACACCAACAACAUUGCCCAAACAACCCAACACAGCGACACCAGCAGUCUCAGCCACGCCGCCAAAUCCAACAACCACAGCCUUCUCCACAUUCAUUUACUCCCUUCACAACGUCAACUCCUCGAAGUGCAAUUCCACCUAUUCUCCACAGCCACACCUUCCUCUCUCUUUUCACUACCCUCACCACUCCUUUCACAAUUCCAAUUCCCAAGACAAAAUGUAAAAGAAAUCAAGAAUUUCACCUACUUCUCUUCCCACUUCAUCCAACACAUUUCGUUUCCAUCUCUUGUCUCUUUUAUCUUUUUCAUAUUUCUUUUAUAA